AUUCACAGUCUAUCUUCUCUUUUCUUUGUGUCUCCUUCAACACAGACCAUGUCUCUCAGUCCUAAUCUCGUUCAUCGGCAUACACUCUCGCCCACCAUAUUCCUACCUCGUGCGGCAGCAAUUGAACCAAAUGCUCUAGCCAUCUACCACGUGACGUUGAAAGGACAUGUCCUUCAAAGGACGUAUGCUGAAUUCGCUCACCGCGCAGCUGGUCUAGCAUAUUACUUAAGGCAGAAUGGCUUCAAGAGAGUUGGUAUCCUAGCAACAAAUACCCCAGCCUUCCUAGAAUCCGUAUUUGGCAUCGCCGGCGCAGGUGCUGUAAAUAUCGCAAUCAAUUAUCGUCUGAAGCCAGACGAUAUUAAAUAUAUUUUGGAGCAUGCAGACGUCGAUAUGAUUAUUACAGAUGUCCAAUACGCACCCCUGCUAGGGAAGUUCCGUGAAGCUCACCGUGACAUCCCAGUCCUCGUUGAUACGGAUAGUGGCGAAGAUAACGGCCCAUACGAUCACGCUAUUCUUGAGGGCCUAGAGAUAGAUCGCCGUCUAGGGGGGCAUGGCUGGGCAGGGCUCGAGAUGCUGGCUCCAGACGAGGAUGGAACGAUCGCGCUCGCGUAUACAAGCGGAACUACCUCUCGGCCCAAGGGCGUGAUAUUUACCCACCGUGGUGCCUACUUGGCUGCUAUGAGUGAUAUUGUGGAGUCACAGCUUAACCGAAGCCCCGAUCGAUGCGGCUACCUCUGGGUGCUCCCAAUGUUCCAUGCUAUCGGUUGGACAUUCCCAUGGGCUAUUACCGCCUUGAGAGGAACACAAUAUUGUCUCCGAAAAAUUGAAUAUCCGCAAAUAUGGAAAAUGCUCCGCACCGCGCCUAUCACCCAUUUUUGCGCAGCCCCGACAGUCAACACGCUGCUUUGUCAUGCAGAAGAGGCGGUACGACUUCCAAGAAAAAUACAGGUUACGGUCUCUGCUAGCCCUCCAUCGGGCGCUUUGUUUGAGAAGAUGACAAGCCUCAAUCUCCACCCGGUUCAUGCCUUUGGGAUGACAGAGACCUACGGCCCGGCUGUCAUGUCUUACUAUCUUCCGGAAUGGAACCAACUUCCUUCCGGCGAGAGACACCGUAAAAUGGCCCGGCAAGGCCAUGGUGUCAUUACGGGUCUACCUGUACGAGUCAUCAAGCCGGCCCAUGGAAACACUCUCGUCGAUGUUGCGCGCGACGGAAGUGAAAUUGGCGAGAUUAUGAUUCAGGGCAACCUGUGCACCAAAGGCUAUUACAAGGAUGCGAAAGCGACUGAGAAGCUAUUUGAGGGAGGCUGGAUGCAUUCCGGGGAUCUCGCUGUCUGGCAUAGUGAUGGAGCUGUUCAAAUUGUUGAUCGAGCCAAAGACAUCAUCAUCAGCGGUGGGGAGAACAUUUCGUCGGUUGCGGUGGAAAAUAUUCUGACGAAGCACGCUGCGGUCGUUGAAGUUGCUGUCAUUGGCAUCCCCGAUGAAAAAUGGGGCGAAGUACCCAAGGCCUUCAUAGCCCGCCACCCAGAUUCGAAGGUAGAGGGGGCAGAAAUUCUUAGAUGGGCGAAAGAGAGUUCUGGGCUCAGUCACUUCAUGGUUCCCCGAGAGGUUGAGCUCGUUAGAGGACUGCCAAAGACUAGCACUGGGAAGAUUCAAAAGAAAGCUUUGCGGGAAAUGGAGGAGAGACGUCGGAAACGAAGUGCAAACAUAUGA